AGUCCACAACACUAAUAACGAACAACAGCCACCAAUUGAGUGCUAUUAUCACACUCACCCAACUUUCCCCCCAUUUCUCUCACUCUCUCUUCAAUGGAGCUCCGAUCUAAUGACUUCACACUCCACUCAAUCCCUAAUUUCAAAACCCUAAUUCCAAUCUUCCACGCUUCAUCCACAUUUAUCCGCCGCCGGAAAUCCUCCGUCGCCGGAAUCCGAGCGUCGGCGACGAAGAAUAUUCCGGCAACGGUGUUAGAGCAGCCUGGUGGAAAGAUGGUGGUGGAGUUAGUCGGAGCUUUCAAUGAGUUGAGUGAGAGAAUGAACUACAAUGCUUUAUCAACAAGCUCAUCUCGCAUACUUUUUAAGGCUUUAAAAGUUUCCAUUCCCAUUUUGCAAACUCUCCCUCUCUCUCCUGAUGGAAGGUCACCUCUCUCUAAGGCUUUGUCUGUUGCUUUCCUCCUCGCCGAUCUUCAGAUAGAUGCAGAGGUAAUUGCAGCGGGCAUACUAAGGGAAGUUUGGGAGGCAGGUGCAAUCUCUAUACAUGAAGUGAGAGAUCGUAUAGGUACUGGUACUGCCCAUUUACUGCAUGAAAGCCUACGUGUGAAAAAAGCUCCAUUUCGGGCAGAGGUCGUGGAUGACGAUAAUGCUGCUGCAAUCAGGAAGUUUUUUCUGACAUAUUAUGAUAUCAGGGCUGUGGUCUUAGAUCUUGUCCUGAGACUAGAUAUGAUGAGACAUCUGGAUUACCUUCCUAGAUAUCAGCAACAGAUUAUUUCUCUUGAAGUUAUGAAGAUUCACGCUCCUCUAGCUCAUGCCGUGGGCACAUACUUCUUAUCACUGGAGCUAGAGGAUCUAUCUUUCAGAUAUUUGUUUCCUUCAUCUUACCUCUAUGUUGAUACAUGGUUGAAGAACAAUGAAGAGGGUAGCAAGAAUUUAAUAGACAUUUGUAGGGAGCACUUAUUUGAGUCUUUGAGUAUGGAUCCAUCUUUGCAGAAUAUGGUUGAUAAUAUUUCAGUCAAAGGUCGAUAUAAAAGCCGUUAUAGCACCAUGAAGAAGCUUUUAAGAGAUGGCCGUAAACCUGAGGAGGUACAUGACAUCAUGGGUUUGAGAGUAGUUUUGAAGCCCAAGCCUGGUGUUGAUAUGUCAGAAGUAGGAGAGAAGGCAUGUUAUAGGGCUCAAGAAAUUGUCCAGUCUUUAUGGAAAGACAUGCCUCACAGAACAAAAGACUAUAUAGCUAAACCAAAAGCAAAUGGGUACAAGAGCUUACACAUGACUGUUUCUGUAAGCGAUGAUGGGAAUACUGUACCACUUAUGGAAAUACAGAUACGGACUAAAGAGAUGGAUAUGUUAGCAGCUGGUGGCACAGCAUCCCAUUCAUUGUACAAAAGUGGGCUUACAGAUCCAGAUGAGGCAAAACGGCUCAAAGCCAUUAUGGUGGCUGCGGCAGAGUUGGCAGCUUUGCGUCUUAAGGAUCUUCCCUCUGUGUACCAUAAUAACUCUGAGAUUCGUCAGAAAGAUAGAGUAUUUUUCCUACUGGACAAAAAUGGUGAUGGUAGGAUUAGCAUCGAGGAACUAACGGAAGUGAUGGAAGAACUGGGUGGACAACGGGAAGAUGCACAAGAGAUGAUGCAGCUUCUUGAUUCAAACAGCGAUGGUUCCCUGAGUUCUGACGAAUUUGAUUCAUUCCAGAAACAGGUUGAACUGAUGCGCAAUAUAGAUGAUAGAGAUGAACAAUAUAAAUCUAUGCUCGAGGAGAAGCUUCCCAUGGCUGAUGAAAGUGGCUUAAUUCAGAUAUACAGGAAGGAGCUUUGCAAUGGGGUUGCGAUGAAUUAGUGAGCGUAGCUUAAGUUUGGACCCACGUAAAUUUUUUUGUACAGUCGCAGAUUUGACAACGAAAGUAAUGUAAAUACCUACUACAUAGCAUAUGAAGCUGCUGUAAAUACUGUAAGUUUGUGUAUAUGAAGGUUCUCAUUUUUCCUAAGGAAAUCUUCUUCUUCUAUGGUCUCUUAGGCCAUCUAUUUUCAUUA